UUGCCCGAUGACAUUGAGGCUGCCGAGUGCCAGUUGGCUACCUUCUUCGCACAGGUGGAGUUCAUCGCCUCCGACGUUCCGGGACGGUUCAUAUCCUCCAUUUCGCCCGACUAUCACGAGGUCCGUUUGGCGUUGCUGGCUCAGGUAAUGGAUGAGUCCCGCCACCUUGACGUGUUCCGCAAGCGGGCUCUGGCCAACGGCGGCGGUCUUAUGCGUAUGAUUGACAGCGUCAGCGAUGUGGUGGGCGGCAGCACCGACAACGCCCGCGAGUUCACCGAGUUGUCGUCCCGUUUGCACAUUACCGGAGAGGGCAACGUUCUGACCCUGUUCCGGUUAGGCGAGUUGAUGGCUUACAACGAAGCUGAGAAGGCCAUCUACCGCCGGUGCGCCCAGGACGAGGCCAGGCACGUCGCCAUCGGCGUGCUUCACCUGCGCUACAUGAACGAGUUCAGUCCGGAGCGCCGGGAAGAGAUCCAUGGCUACUUGGACGAGGGCGAGAGCCGCCAAGCCACCGGCGCCGGUGGAGAGAACCCCGCGGGACAGCAACAGCUCACCAGCCAAGCUUUGGCGGUGUUGCUGGGCGGCGGCAAGGACAAGAUUGACGAGGGGCAGAAGCUUCUGAUGGCUAUCAGGCAGCGCCAAGCCAAAGAGUACUUCCAGCGUCUCAAGUCGGCAGGCUUUGACGACCGGAUCGCCAACGGCCGCGUGAACCCCGCUUUGAUGGAGGCGUACAACGCCGCUCCGUAG